GAUAUUAUAGUUUAAAGCCAGCACCUAUAGGGUUAUCAUGUUACUUGUAGGCUAUGCAAGAGGUGGUCGGAUUCUACAAAGAAAAUACCAAGAUAAUAGUGGACUCAUUUAACUCACUCGGAUUUGAUGUGUGUGGGGGUACAAAUGCACCAUGCUUGUGGGUUCAUUUCCCUGGCCGAAGCUCAUGGGAUGUAUUUAGUGAGAUACUUGAGAAGACACAUGUGGUCACAACACCUGGAAGUGGCUUUGGACCUGCUGGUGAAGGUUUCAUUAGGGUCAGUGCCUUUGGUCACAGGGAAAAUGUUUAGGAAGCCUGCAGAAGAUUCAAGGAACUUUACAAGUGAAUAGCAAAAAAUCGACUUAGGCCUUACCUUUGGAUCUCCAUGGAGAAGCUGCUUUCAAGAUUUUUGUUUCCUUUAAUUGUUUUAGGACCUUGAAUAAGUAAUCGUUGAAUCUCUAUGCAGGAAAUGCUAUGGAAAUGAAAUGCAGCAGCCAUU